UCAGUCCCGGUCGUCAUGGAGAUGCUGCGGUUGCUGGUUCUACUCCCGGGGCUCUGUGCUGUGGCUCAGGGCCUGGUGUUUGAGAGGUGCCAAUGGGCCAAACUCCUGAAGAGCAGAGGAAUGGACCAGUACCAGAAGAUCAGCCUGGCAGACUGGGUGUGUCUGACUCGGUGGGAAUCGAGCUUCAACACCAAAACCGUGAACCACAACCGUGACAACUCCACCGACUACGGAAUCUUCCAGAUCAACAGCAAAUGGUGGUGCAAGGACGGAGGCGUGAGCAAGGCCAACGGCUGCAACAUCAUGUGCUCAGCGCUUCUCGCCGAUGACCCGACCGUUGCCAUAAACUGCGCCAAAACCGUCGCCAGGCAACAGGGCGCCAAGGCCUGGGUGGCCUGGAGAAAUCGCUGUCAGGGCAAAGACUUGAGUCCGUACCUUAAAGGCUGUGGACUGGACCUGUCUGACCCCGCCCUUCACUUCCUGUAGAGGAGCUCAGGCCCCGCCCUUCACUUCCUGUAGAGGAGCUCAGGCCCCGCCCUUCACUUCCUGUAGAGGCCCGUGUCAC